AUGGGAAUAUCAACAAUUCAACUAAUAAUUAUCACAACAUGUACUGCCAUAUUUGAAGUACUUGAAAAUAUUCAUUUAAAACCACCAAAUUUAAAUGAUUUGAAAAUAAUCGCUGAUCAAUUUGAGAAGUCUUGGAACUUCCCAAAUUGUGUUGGAGCCAUUGAUGGUAAGCACAUUGAAAUUAGAAAUCCUGCUAAAUCUGGGAGCUUAUAUUAUAAUUAUAAACAAUAUUUUUCCAUAAUCCCACAAGCUUUAGUUGAUGGUAGAGGUAGAUUCAUGGUAAUAGCUGUAGGCAGUUAUGGCAGUGAAUCAGAUGGAGGUGUGUACUCCAAUUCUUUAUUAUCAAAAAUGAUUGAGAAUGGAGACAUAGAUAUUCCACCUCCUAAAAUAUUACCAAAUUCAAAUAUUAUUCUGCCACAUGUUUUUGUUGCAGAUGAUGCCUACCCUCUAAAAUAUUAUAUUAUGAAACCUUAUAAAGGUAAAUUAUCACACAUUCAAGAAAAUUUUAACUAUCGUCUUUCAAGGGCAAGAAGAAUGGUGGAAUGUACCUUCGGGAUAUUAGCAUCUAAAUGGCGAAUUCUGAAUCGAGCCUUGGAUACGAAUAUUACCAACAGUGAAUUAAUUAUCAAAACUUGUGCACUAUUACACAAUUUGGUGAUUGAUAAAGAAAACGUAGAUCUCCGCCCCAAGAAUACUCAAGAUCCUAAACAAAAUAAUUAUUUAUGGAAUAAUCAAUCUAUAAAAAACCCCUCAAAGGUUUCUAAAGAUAUCAGAGAUGCCUUUUCUGAAUAUUUUUAUAGUAACAAAUUAUCAUGGCAAUUAUAA